ACAUACUAUACUAUGAAAAUGUCAUGUCAUGUUCUUGUUGUGUGAGGUGCUAUACUUUUGGACUGAUUUUGGUUUUGAACUUAUUUCACAUAUAUACGCUAAAAAACAAAAACAUCGUGCUGUAUAUCAAUGAUUUGUUGUGAAUAAAUAAUAAUCCUUUUUUUGCAACAUUGUCACAAGAACUUAUAGCCAAAAUGUUUCAGUUUGGAUUUAACAUGUUUCAUGAAAUUUCAAGGCCUUUCAACAUGACCUACAGAUGUUUCUCAGUAUCCAUGUUACCUGGUAAUGAGAGGCAAGAUGUAGAAAGAGGUGGCAAAAUAAUAAUGCCACCCUCGGCCUUGGAGCAGCUCACACGGCUAAACAUUGAGUACCCGAUGAUAUUUAAGCUGACAAACAAGAAAACUAAGAGACUCACACACUGUGGAGUACUGGAAUUUGUUGCUGAUGAAGGGAAGGUCUACCUUCCUCAUUGGAUGAUGGCAAAUUUAGUGCUUGAAGAAGGAGCAAUGAUUCAAAUUGAAAGUGUGUCAUUGCCAGUUGCCACAUUUUCCAAGUUCCAACCUCUCUCUGAAGACUUUUUAGAUAUAACUAAUCCUAAAGCAGUUUUGGAAAAUUGUUUAAGGAAUUUCUCCUGUCUCACAACAGGAGAUGUGAUAGCUAUAAAGUACAAUUCUAAGGUAUAUGAACUAUGUGUAUUGGAGACCAAGCCUGGAAGUGCAGUCAUCAUUAUUGAAUGUGAUAUGAAUGUAGAAUUCGCUCCUCCAGUGGGCUACAAAGAGGAGGAGCAUGUAUCAAGACGUGGGGAGGGCAGUAUAGGGGCGGACGGUAUGGAGGUGGACCCGGCCGCCAUGAUGCCGGAGCCAAGUGGCUUCGUGGUCUUCGGCGGCGAGGGCAACAGACUGGACGGGAAGAAGAAGAAGCUUACAAGCGAAAGUGAUUCAGAACCACAGACCUCACAAUCUAGACAGCCAUAUGUCCGCGGUAUUCCUGACUAUGAUUACGUGGUGGGCACACUGAGAUUCAUCAGAAACUCGAGGCCAGCUAGUGCUAAAGAAGAGACUCCAACAGAACCAUUCCAAGCGUUCAAAGGGGAAGGUUUUACACUAAGAACAACCAAAUCCAAAAACUAAAUAGUUGCAUCAGUAGAUUUUGUACUUCAAAAUUGUAGGUGUUUUAUAAAGAUUUUGCUAUGUCAGCACUUUACAGUUUUUGCAAGAUUUAUUUGAAAAGGUUUGGUAGAAAUCUCAGAUCUAUUUAACAAUAAUUAAUAUUACGUUCGAUUUAGAAUUUUCGCAUUGAAGGACAUUGAGUACAAUGGAUGUUACAGAUAUUUAUUUAUUUACCUGGAUGUCGACUUUACUAACCAUAACUUAUUUUCGUAUCUCAAUAGCAGUUCUUGGCCUAACAUAAUAAGAAUAGACACCUUGACCUGAAAAACAUGCUACUGGCAAUCCAAACAAAUAUUAUAAAUGCAAAAGUUUGUCUAUCGGUUCCACUUUCAUAGCUAAACCACUAGACCGAUUUUAAUGAAAUUUGGUAUGGCUUUAAAGAUAGGCUACAGUUCAUACAAAGGCUAAAUUUUUCAAAAAUCAACCCCCAAAUUACUAUAUUGGUGUUUACUUUACAUAUACGCUGGCGAAGCCGCGGGCAAAAUCUAGUAUAGAAUAUUUUAGGUAAUAGGAUUGAUGCACAUUUUUAAACACUUGAUUUUUGUUGGAAUAUUUUCUUGAUUUGCAUCCUUAAAAGUUAUGUCAUAAUAGAAAAUUCUAAAUCUAUGUCACCAAUUUACUUGAUUAUGAUUUAACAGUUAUUUGCAAUACUUUCAAUAUAAUUUGUUGUUAUAAUUAUAAGAAAUUCAAAAUUGUACUGUAAUUUAAAAUAAAAUGUGUUAAGAAAA